CUCUCAUGGAAACUCACUCUUAUUACCUAAUUCAUCAGAACAAUAUAAAAAAAAAACAAAAGGAUCCCUUAACCUUCACCAACAUCUCUCUCUCUCUAGACUCAACAAGGUCAUAUAUCAUGUCAUCUCCUAGUGAUAGAGGAAAGAGCAUGAUGGAAUCAUCAGGAUCAGAGCCACCGGUGACACCAAGCCGUUACGAGUCACAGAAGAGACGCGACUGGAACACUUUCGGACAGUACUUGAAGAACCAGAGACCACCCGUGCCCAUGUCUCACUGCAGCUGCAACCACGUGCUUGAUUUCCUCAGGUACUUAGAUCAGUUCGGUAAGACAAAGGUGCACGUGUUUGGCUGUAUGUUCUACGGCCAGCCUGAGCCACCAGCUCCUUGCACGUGCCCUCUCAGACAAGCUUGGGGAAGUCUUGACGCUUUGAUCGGACGGCUGAGAGCGGCUUACGAGGAGAACGGUGGAUCUCCGGAAACAAACCCUUUCGCUAGUGGAGCAAUAAGAGUUUAUUUGAGGGAGGUUAGGGAGUGUCAGGCUAAGGCUAGAGGGAUUCCUUACAAGAAGAAAAAGAAGAAGAAGCCAACCACGGAGAUGAUUGGUGGAAGAGAUGACUCUUCUUCCUCAUCCCCCUCCUUCAACUUCUCUUGAAAGACUUUACGGAUCAAAAACAUCUCAGAGAUGGAUCAAAUGUAAAAGAAGCCUCAAAUCUACCUACUACUGAUGAUCAAGAACUCAAAACAGAAAUGAUAUGUGUUCAACAUAUCUUUCGGUCCAUUUUAGCCGAUCUUCAUCCACCACUUCCGUAGCUAUCGAUCGGUUAUGUAUUUUCAUCAGCUCUAUUCUCUUAUUAAGCUCAUUCUGAAUAAGUGUAUAGAUUAUAUAUACCUAAGACAUGUUUGUUUUGUACGUACUUCUAUGUCAGCGUACUUAUUUUUCUCAAGUAAGUCCAACAUAUUGAUAUUCCAAUGGGACAGUGGCGGCAUAGCCGGACCGUUGAAUUUUUCGUGUCGCAUAUUAUAAAAUUGAUGGAUUUUAC